CCUAGCUUUUUUUUUGUCAUUUGAAUAUUUGAUUCAGUUUCAGAUUUUAUAUUUUCUGCUUUAUUUAUGUAAUUUUGUUGUACUUCAUUUUAAAAGGUACAAUCAAAAUGUCUUGUUGUGUUCCAUCUUGUGCACAUAAAGGGGAAAGUACUUUUGGUGUACCCAAAGAUAUAGACCAGUUAAAUUUAUGGAAUGUGAGGAUAGGUAUAGAUUUAAAACCAUCCUCAAGAGUUUGCUCAAAUCAUUUUGAUCAUAAGGAUGUUAUAAAAACUUGGGAAUCAGGACAAGGUACCAGCAAGUAUACAGUAUGUUUAAAAAGAGCAAGACUCUGUGAAGGAACAAUUCCUGAAAAUAUAACCUUAGGUUUAGGUUUGAAUAAUUCAUUCAUAUAUGUAGCAACACAGGAAUGGAAUAACACUCCUUUGACCAAAAAGAGAAAGGUACAAGACAAUUUAAAAUUGAGCAGUAUACAGCAAGACCAUUGUUAUAGUGUACAUCAAGGUACAAUUAAUACAUCUAAUAUGUCAACUGUUUUGUAUACAAGUGAUACUUCAAAUGAUAAUUCGACCAUAUCUCCAACUUCUGAGUAUAGUAUAAUAGAAUCCAAGUUAUAAUUUAUGAUCUACAUAAAUUUGUUAGCUUCUAUUUUUACUCAAAUUGUUAAAUUAUAUUAUCAUAAAUAUUGAUACAGCCAGUUACCACUACAUUAUUUAAAUCUGUUUUGGAAAAAACUAAGUUUACUUACUGUUCCACCAAAAUGGUUCACAGAUAAGUUAUCAUCCUAAAUAUGAAAAAAAUAGUUGAAUUCCAAAAAUUAUGUUUAUUUAAGGAUGAUUUUUCAAGAUUUAUUGAAAAGCAAGUAGUUUUAACAAAAGAUUUCAAUGUGUUUAUUCAUGUGAAUGGAAAAUAUAUUGAUUUACCACCUAAUCAUAAGCCAGAGAGCGUUGAAGAUCUUGAAAAUAUUAUUUAACUACUUGAAUCUACAAAAGUAUGUAUAGGAUUAGUGUCUUCAGAUAAACUUAUAAAUAUAAAAUCAACAUUUGGUUCACAAUUUGUGGAAUCAUUUAGUCAGUGGAGACAUUCAAAAUGUUCCAUGAUACUCAGACCAAAUAGUAAAAGGUAAUUAGAUUAAUAGGUAUGUAUAUUUUAGUAUCAAACCAAUAUCGGUAUUAUUUAAUUUUAGUAACACAUGUUUAUGGUGUAAACGCCUUUGGUAUUGUGUUAAAAAUAAAAUCUAUCGAUCAAAUACGAAAAUAUGUUUUUCGCCCAACAAAAAGAAAAUUUUAGAAAAACUUAAAACUAGAAAUGCUGUGAUGAGAAAAUAUUUCAAGAUUUGUUAAAAAGAAUGUUCAAUUACUUAACAAAUUAAAUGAGCUUCAAACUAAAAUGAAAGAAAUUUCACAUUCUAAUCUCCAAAACAUAAUAGAGAAUUCCAAUAUUCCAAAAUCACAAACAGAUUUAAUUUAUGAAAUAUUAAACGCUUCAAAAAUGAAAAAUCCAUAAAAUAGAAGAUACAGCGAGAAUUGGAUGAUAUUAUGUUUAUUGUUUCAGAUCAGGUUUUACAUUUUUAUAUAUUAUUGGUAUUAAUAAAUAAUAAUUUUUAUUUCUUUUAUAUUAUGUUAUAGAUCUCCUAGCGGUUAUACAUUUUUAAGGAAUUGAUUGUGGUUUUGAUCCUAAUUUAUUUAAAUUAAUCAAAAAGAAAUUUUCAGGAAAAAAAGAUCAACAAAAAAAAGGAAUUAUUCUGAUUGAUGAAAUGUUCUUAAGAGAGAGGAGCUUGAGCGUUAAUAGUCGUACACUUUCAUAUAUUGGGUUAGAAAAUUUUGGCAAGUAGAAAACAAAAUAAGCAGUAGUAAAAAAGCCAACCAUAGUCUAGUAUUUAUGUGGCAAAGUUUGGCACAUAAGUUUGAACAACCAAUUGCGGUUUUUGCGUCAAACGGUCCAAUCAAUGGUGAAAUGAUAAUAAAUAAUAGGUAUAGUUUUCAAUUUAACUAAAUGCAUAUUAAUUAUUAAUUGUAGGUGUUGAUCUUGCUAAAUUGAUAAUUAAAGUAAUUUAGUAAAUGGAGGAUGAUGGUGGACAUGUAGUGGGUAUAACUAGGGAUGGAGCAUCGACUAACCGAACAAUGUGGAGUACAUUAGGGGUAAACAUUUAUGUUACCUACUUGGUAGUGAAUAAAUUUAAAAUAUAUAUAUUUUUAUUUUAUAAAAACUGACAAUUUUCAUCAUAUUACAAAUAUAGGUAUCAGCAAAAAUGGACAGUUUUCAAAAACUAUUUUAACAAUCCUUUCAAUACUUCUUUAAUACGCCUCACUUAUUAAAAACUAUUAGAAAUCGAUUAUUCCAAAAUAAAGAAUUAAUGGUACAUAAUUUGAAUUUAAUAAUCAAACAGGAACUAGAUGAGAAUUCAAUAAUAAAAUGUUAUUUUAUAUUAUGCAUUUAAAAACUUUAGAUUAGUCCGUCAUAACCUCUAAUAAAAUGGGAAAUUAUUCAAAUGUAUUUAACAUUGAAAGCAAUAGUUUAAUUAAAGUUUGCCCUAAGUUAACUAAACAAUAUUUUGAGUUGAAUAAUCUUUCGAAAAUGAAAGUAAAAUAUGCAGUUCAGGUUAGUACUUAGUAUAAUUUAUAUUAUUUAAUAGUACCUAUGCAUUAAAUUUACAUUUAUUAUUCUAAUAAAAAUAUGUUUAGAUCUUAAGUAAGUCAAUGGCUGUAGCUAUUGAAUUCUACAAGAAAAAAGGUUUUGAAUGCUUUAAUGGUUGUGAAGAAACAGUGAAAUUCACUAACUUUAUUAAUAAUAUGGUUGAUGCCUUAAAUAGAAAGUAUCCCAAAGAAGGCAUAAAAAAAAAAAAUAACACUGAUUUACAGGUUUUUUUAUGUGUUUGUGGUGCAUGUUUGUGUUAUAAGUUUUUAUUACACGCUCAAUUACCCCCUACUCCCGUGGAUUUGCCAUUGUGUUUUUAUGUAAUAAAUAUUUAAUUAGUUUCUACGAUAUAAAUGUUUGUAUUCUAUUAAAUUAAAUUUAGUUUUAUGUAUAUAAUAUUUUUGUGAUACAUAUAUGGUUUUAGAUUUUAAUACAGGCAGUUGAAUGGUUAGAUAAUUGGGAAACUAAUUUAAAAUUAGGAUUGAUUAAAGAAAAAAAAAAUUUUAACUCAGCCAACAUGUGAUGGAUUAAGAAUGACAUUAAAAUCAACCAUAGAUUUAGUCAAUUAUCUUUUGAAUAACUGUGGUUUUUCAUAUGUCUUAACAGCUAAAUUAUGUCAAGACAGUUUAGAAGUAUAUUUAAUUUACUAUUAAUCAUUAAUUUACAUUAUUUUUAUUUCAAACAUAACAUAUUUUUUUUGUUAGAAAUUUUUUGGUAUCCUGAAGCAAGUAUCUGGUCCUAAUGGCCAUCCUACUGUACCUACUUUUUACAGUUAUAUUGCAUGUUAUCGGUUUAUUAAAUUGUAAAACCUCCAAAAACUGGCAACUGUACUAUAUUACAAGGUGUUUUUUAAAUAUUCUAAUAUUAAUAAUAUUUUUUUGUUUUUAAUUUUACUGUACUUUUUUUUUAACUAUUCCAGUUAUUUCUUUAUCAGAUUUGAAAGAUAUCAUAAUGGAUCCAGAAAAUACCCCGUAAAGAGUGUUAAAAAUUAGAAAUUUAAAAAAUAAAAUCGAUAAAAUAGUUGAAGAUGAUUGCUGGGAUUUGGACGAUAUACUUUCGGAACAUGAUUAUGCUGACUCCACUGUCUUUGACUAUGUAGUUAAUUUUUUAGCUGGGUAUUAUGUAUUUGCAUUAUUAUUGAUAUUUAUGUAAUAUUAAUAAAAAUCUACAUCAAUGAAAUAGGUACAUAGCAAAACGGUUAGUGGCCACUCUAGGUGCAAUAAAGAAUUUAUUUUUCAAAGAAUGAAGAAAUUAAUUAAUUAAUAUCUAUAUUACCUUCCUAUAUAUUCGUCACUGAAUAGUGAAUUGCCUUCUUUACAAUUCCAUUAAAAAAUGUCAAUAUAACGGAAAAAAAUUAAAACGCAUUAUAGGUAUAAUACAUACCUGUUUUAUUUUAUUUUUUUAAUUUUCUACCAUAGAUAUGUUACCUACCUAAAAUAAAUUACCGUAAUACUUCUUAAACCGUAAAAAAACGCUUUGACCACGUAAAAUGUAUAACUAAUUUCACAUAUUAUACCUAAUGCUCACAAGUUUUUUUUUUUAUCCUAAAGAAUAUUAUAAUAAUAUUUCAUGUAAAUUAAUUAUUAUUAAUUAUAAACCUAAACGAACAUUCAAAAACAAAAUAUAAGUUAUGUAUGUUAAACUUGAUGCCUUAUGUACGUUUCUAUAAUAUUUGGGAAAAUUGUAUUUUAAACAUUUAUAAUUGUAUAAAUAGACUUUAUAUGUGUUCAAUAAUCAAAAUAGCUGUGUAUAUUUUAUGGUUAUUGUGAUUUCCAAAUAGAUGUAUUUUUUUUAAACUUUUUAUGCACAUGAAAAUAUUUGGGUGUCUACUGAAGCCUAAAAUAUACUCUGUUCACAGUAAGAAACUUAGACGGCGUGCUAACUUGUGCACAGGGGAGGGGCAAUACUACACGGCAGGUAUACAGAUUGAUGACUCGGUAGGGGUAACAAACGGGUGUUACCUGACUGCCACCGACGAAAACUGGUCGCCACCUUUUGCAUUUCUUAUUGUGAAUAUAGUUUAGCUGGUACAGUUAUUUUUCAUAAUUUAACGGAAACUAAUGAGUGCCUGUAUUUGUUAAUUUAUUCAUUAAGUAUAGUAUAACUUACCAGAAAUAGUAUUUAUUUAUAAAACUAAUAACUAUUUUGUGAUAUGCCUUAUUAUACAUUGAUCAUUUUAUUAACUAUAGGUACCUAACUAUUUAUAUUGACUUACUUUCCUAAUAAUAAAUAAUUAAGUACCUACUGAAGACAAUAAUAUUAUUUCAUACAUAAUAAGGUUGACAAACUUACUGCAAAAGAUACUUAUUUUGUAUUUUAGUGGGGGCCUUAUAUUAAUUGAAUCAUGUGCCCCUUAAAUCCGACCCUGCCUAUACCUGGUCUAUUGAUAAACCGUAUAAGCAGUUAUUCUAUAUAGUACAUAGGUCGUUAACCUAACUGUAUGAUCUUUUACGCCACAGGUUAUGUAGGUACUUGCAGGGCUGUAUUUGAACAUAUGGCGCCCAAGGGCAACAUAUUUUUCCGACCCCCAAAGAGUUAUUUAUUAAAAUGUAAGGUACCUAUUAUUUUGGGUCAUAAUUUAUGACUCAUAAAUAUGGUUAGAUUAUGAAAUUUUUUUUUGGAGACCUUUAUUUUUUAAUGAGUUAAGAACAAUCAGUGAUACAAACAGAAUUUGUCGGUCAAAAACUUAGUUUCAGAGUUAUACACGAGUUUACAAAUUCCCAUCCAUCGAGGUUUUUUUAAUUAUAUUUCUUUAUUAACAAUAUAAUAUACAGUAAGUAAAAUAAGAAAUUUCUGAGAAAUCUCCACCAAAUCACAAUACAUAAGGAAAAAACAUUUUAUAUAGGUAGUUUUAAAGUUAUAAAUAUGUUGGCUUAAUAAUAAAAAAAGUUCACGAAAAUUUAUUACCCACCAAGUUCCACCAGGAGUGGCAAUGGCCCACCCUGGUGCUCCCCUAAAUACAGGCCUGGGUACUUGUCCAAAACUCGACUACCGGGAUUCAAAUAAAAAAAUGUGGGUAAGUGGAUGUUGCUCUGCUGUACAGCAGGUUACAAGUGUGUCACUGUAUAAUGGAUGGUAUUAAUUUUGAAUUCAAUG